AUGACUGAUAAUAAGGUUUUCAGAUUGGAGACUGGUUUUCAGCAGUACGAUUGGGGGAAGGUCGGCACCUCUUCUGCUGUAGCUCAAUAUGCAGCUAGUUCUAAUCCUUCUUUGAAGAUUGAAGAAGAUAAGCCGUAUGCAGAGCUGUGGAUGGGCACACAUCAUAAGGUUCCGUCUUUGAAACUUGGUACUGAUGAAUCACUUAGGGAUUUAAUUGCCAAGAAUCCAAUGGAUAUGUUGGGCGCAGGUAUUGUGAAGAAAUUUCAGUCUACCAAUGAGUUGCCUUUUUUGUUUAAAGUGUUAUCAAUUGAGAAGGUUUUAUCGAUUCAAGCUCAUCCAGAUAUACCUCUUGCUAAAAAGUUACAUUUGCAGGAUCCUAAGAAUUAUCCUGAUGGUAACCAUAAGCCGGAGAUGGCCAUUGCUGUCACCGAUUUCGAGGGUUUCUGUGGGUUUAAACCGUUAGAAGAAAUUUCAGAUGAGUUACAACGUAUUCCAGAAUUUAAAAAUGUUGUUUCUGAUGAAGUUGCUGAGCAAUUUAUUCGAGGGAUAAAGCCUCAAGCAACUUUAGGAUCCAAAGAAGAUGAGACCAAUAAGAAGUUACUGCAAGCUGUGUUUAGUAACGUUAUGAAUGCCUCUGAGGAGCUGAUCACCAUUAAUGCCCGUGCUUUAAUUAAAAGAGCUAUAUCUUCUCCUUCAGAUUUCAAUAACCGAACGUUGCCUGACCUAUUAAUCAGACUAAAUCGGCAAUUCCCAGACGAUGUUGGUUUGUUCUGUGGUGGCAUGUUGUUGAACCAUUGUACUUUGAAAGCAGGUGAAGCAAUCUUCUUGAGAGCGAAGGACCCCCACGCAUAUAUUUCCGGUGAUAUCAUUGAAUGUAUGGCUGCUUCGGAUAACGUAGUGAGAGCUGGCUUCACACCUAAGUUCAAAGAUGUGAAUAAUUUGGUUUCUAUGUUAACAUACACCUACGAAGCUGUGGAAAAGCAAAAGAUGCAACUCGAGCCUUUUAAGAAGUCUAGUGGUGAAGGAAAUGCUACACUGUAUAACCCACCAAUAGAAGAAUUCUCCGUUAUUCGGACAACAUUUCAAGAUGCAGUUGGAACUAGAAGUUUUGAAGGUCUGCAAGGUCCAUCAAUUCUUAUAACUACCAGUGGUAGUGGCUCAAUUCAGGCCGGUGAUUUGAAUCUGAAAGCUGAACCUGGUUUUGUAUUCUUUAUUGGACCGGAAACGGAAAUAAAACUAAUUGCUAAUGAUAAAGAAUUCAUUACUUAUAGAGCAUUUGUUGAGCCCAACUGA